AUGUUUGCCAUAGCCACCAAAAACUUUGUGGAGGAGGUGGACACAGGAGGUCUACUGGUCCCAGUGUCCAGCCUGAAUGAUGUUAUCGCUGUGCUGACGGUGGUGGUGAAGCGCAAACGUUUCUGGUUCUGGCAGAAGCCAACGUAUCUUCCAACUGACUUUAAUCUAAAUGACAUACUCAGUGGGGACACGCCUUUAAACCCAGUUGUGAUGGAGACAGACUUUAUCAAAUACAGUGGGACAUUUGGUGACAACAUUAAGGGAACCGUGGACGCCAGUUUCGUCAACACCAGUGUCAACUUGGAGGGUAAAGACUCCUCCAAACUCCAGUCGUCCUUUGGCAGUUUGAAGAAAGAAGAAGUUGAAGUGCAGAAAUUGCUGCAAGAUUCCAAAGACAGGGUUCUGGACAUGUCCCAUUGUCUCAUCCAGCAGACAAAGGAGAAGCACAGACAGGUGUUUGGGAUCGUGAAGGAGCGGAUUUUAACCACUCAGCCAUGUUCGGUAAUAGAGGAGGUGCAGCAGGGCGGCCAGUGCGGACUGAGUCUGAGCUCCUGCAGCCCCAAGAUCCAAAAGUUUUCUCUGAAGGAAAAUGGGAGCUUGAGUAAAGACAGUAACAUAACCAUGGAGAUUCCUCCCCACACAACGAUAGCUUAUGGCCUCAUAGAGCUAGAGGUCAAACAGGAUGGGCACUUUGAGCUGUGUCUCAUGUUGGACACCCAUGGCGGUUUUGAAGUAGACGGCCCUGCCAGUAAAGGACCGGUGGGUGUCUCAGGAGCUGUGAAUCCUUCCGAGAAUGACUUCCUUCAACGAGAGCUGGCUCACCUGAAGGAUCAUUUCCAGCUGCUUUCAUCUCUGCCUGCAUCCAUCAGGUCCUCUCUGCUCCGACUAAUCACAGCCUUAAUGGAGGACCAAGCAGCCAUCAGUGCUCUUCAGGACGCUCUGGACGACAUGUAUUUGGAUAAGGAACCUGGCCUGGAAAACGCUGGACUGACCCAUUCCCAACAACAAAACAUCCAAGCAGUUCUUACCCUUCUGGAGCAGUCCGGUCAGACGGGGUCAGCUCAGGCAAACCAGUCCAAAUCCGUCCUCCUGGCCUUUCAUCUCAUUGUCAGUGCUUUGAAAGAGAUGACAAAUGAUGCUCUUGCCAUGUUGCGAAUAUGCAGCAGCCCUGCAGCAUUACAGACCCUGGAGCAACUGGUGGAAUGUAUAUCAGAAAAGGCAGCUCUGGCAGAAGACAUUGGUGAAACAACUAGAGAUCUGUUCGCAUCGUGCAACGUCUCCCUGAAGAAAGACGGGGAGCUGGUCUGUACAGAAGCAAAGGCCGGGACCGGAACUGGCCUCCUGGUCCUGUGUGUGGCCCUGAGGAGUCUGGCAUCUGUGGCUCACUGCCUUUAA